UUUGGAUUUGGUCUGCUUCUUCUCUGGUUUUGUUUUUCAUUUCUUCGUCUUCUUCUUAAACUUGUCUCACACGUGGCUUGUCAUGUCAUUUCUGCUGUUCAUGGGUAAAAGAUCAUUCUUUGAAGCUCUUAUCUCAUAAAAGAAUUUGAACACAAUAAACCAUCUUUCAAAGUAUUUAUUUAGUACCCCAAACAACAAAACAGAGAAUCAAUCGGCCGCUGAGUUACCAUGAGAUGUUUAACAGGAGCAGGAGAUUCUUGGCAACCAGCAAUGACUGCCAAUACAACCACCCCAGGCUACUGGUUCAGCUGGAGGGUCUUGCUUUGUGUCCUUUGGGUCUUAUUCACUGCGAUUUUUUCCUUGGUUCUGAUAUGGAAAUAUGAAGGUCUCCGUAAACCGAAUCACGAUGGCGAAGAAACUCAGAAAGAUACGGCGGGAUCUCUUCAUGAAGAUGAGACUUGGAGGCCAUGUUUAAAAGGGAUUCACCCUGCUUGGUUGAUGGCUUUCAGGCUUGUUGCUUUCUUCGUGCUUUUGGUAUUGCUAAUAGUCACCGCUUUUGUUGAUGGAGGCAGCAUUUUCUACUAUUAUACUCAGUGGACUUUCACACUAAUUACAGUUUAUUUCGGGCUCGGAUCACUUCUCUCCAUGCGUGGAUGUUACCGAUACCACAAAAGGGUAAGUGGUGACAAGGUUGAUAAUGUAGAGUUAGAUGCAGAGCAAGGGAGCAAUGCCGGUGCUGCAUCUGGAGAAACGUCUAACAAUGCAGAGAAAAUCGUUAACUCGGAGGGGCAUUUUGUUCGCCAACGUGCAGGCACUUGGGGUUAUGUCUUUCAAAUAAUUUUCCAGAUGAAUGCAGGUGCCGUUUUGCUGACGGAUUGUGUUUUUUGGUUCAUAAUUGUCCCCUUCCUUGCCAUUAAGGAUUGCAACCUUAGUAUUCUUGCUGUUAACAUGCAUACUAUCAAUGCUGUUUUCCUGCUUGGUGAUACUGUUUUGAACUGCUUGAACUUCCCCUGUUUUCGGAUCGCAUACUUCUUCCUAUGGACAUUGACAUAUGUUAUAUUCCAGUGGAUCGUUCAUGCUUGUGUGAAUAUCUGGUGGCCAUACCCAUUUCUUGAUUUGUCAUCAUCAUAUGCUCCCUUAUGGUACUUUUCGGUAGCAUUGCUGCAUUUCCUAUGCUAUGGUGCCUUUGCUUUGGUGAUAAAGCUGAAGCACCAUGUGUUUUCAAGAUGGUUCCCUGAGUCCUACCAGUGUCAGAGGUAACUUGGCUGAGAAUUUGAGUCGAAGAAGGUUUUGAAGAAACAUGUAAUUUCCCCCCACACAGAAGAGACAUUCAAUAGAGAGCUUGAGAUGUCAGAUAUAACAUAUUGAAACACUGGAUUGUUGCGUAAAAAAACAAAACAAAAUGACAAGAGUUGAUACAUAAGUAGGUAGAGUUUUGGAGGAUACAUAAUUGCUUAGCAAAAGCAAGAAGAUCCUCUUGUUUAUUCAACAAGUAGCUUUACGCUGUAACUACAGACAAUUCAGGAAUAACCCCAUACAAGGCUAUUGUUCCUCUCAUCAAUUUUACCCUGCUCCCUAUAUGCACAUUCAAUACAAUGUAUUUUAUUUUUUGC